AUGAAACCAACAGUGUUGGCACCAGAGCCAACUAAGAAGUUCAUACCAGGACCCAUGUUGUGUAGUGUUAACUUUUCAAAUUUGUCUCCAGAAUCACAUCGACAAGGUGAGAAACCUUUGGAGUUUACUCCAGAAGCAAAGUUGCAAAGUAUAAAACAUGUGACAUUGUCUUCAGCAUCUCUGCAACAAGAUAUGAAAUCUGUAGAGUUACUACUGGGGUCACUGCUUUCAAGAACAAAAUCUGAGGAACUAAUUCCAAAGAGGAGCUAUCAAAUCACAGACUCCCCAGAGAUAAUCCCUAGGCCAGGGCAUCAAUUUGUAGAAGGUGCAGAGAUGAUCCCAACACCAAAGCCUCAAGUCCCUAAAUCUGUGAAUUUGGUGAUCCCAACACCAAAGCAUCAAGUCUCCAAAUCUGUAAAUUUGAUUUCAAUACCAAUUUAUCAUACCACAGAAAGGUCAGCACAUCAAGGCAAUGAAACAGUGGAAAAAUCUGUGGGGUUGGCCCCAAAGUCAACAAGUAAAACCAUGGAAUCUUCAGGAGUGCCUUUAAGGCUAGAUCUUCAAGUCCCAGAAUCUGUUGAUCUGACUCAUGUGCUAAGGAAUCAAGGCUCUGAAUCCUUAGAAUUAACCUUAAAGAAAAUCCCAGAAACUCUCGAGUUGCUCUCUCAGUCAUGGCCUCAAGUUAAGGACUUGGGGGAAUCAUAUACAAGGCCAGUGCAGGAAGUUACAGGAUCUGAAAAGAUGACACCAGAGCCCAAGCGUCACACUACAGAAACUAUGGGGUUGACCCCCAAAACAAGGCCAACAGAGAAGGAAUUCCUUGGCAUGACCCCAGAGCCAAUAAGUAAAACCACUGGAUAUACAGAGAGCACUCCAAGGCCCUAUCCUCAAGCACUAGAAUUCGUGGAGGUGAUCUCCAAGAAAAGACUGCAAAGGGAAGAAUCAGAAGCACUGACUACAAAGUCACUACAUCAUGUCUCAGAAUCUUCAGAGAUGACACCAAAGCUAAGAUAUCCAGUUCCUGGAUCUGUGGGUUCAAACUCUAAGCAAUGGCUUCAAAGGGAGGAAUCUUUAGAUUUGUCCACAAGGCAAACACGUCAAUCUACAGGACAUGCAGAAUCUGUAGAGCUCACAUCUGAGACAUGGCAGCAAGGGGAUGGACCAAUGGGGCUUACACAGUCACAGAAUCAAAGUAUGAAAUAUUCACAGAUAGCUCCAGGACUAUAG